CUACAGUCUGCUCCAGACAGUGCCAUGGAUAGAAGAAACAACACAAGAAACAAGGGAAGACCUUGUGGCGGUCCACAGGGCCGUCCAACCCCUCCCCCGACCUACCACCAGCUGCAGAAUCAACUCAAUUCUGCUCACGAGUACAUCGAUGAGCUGAAAAUGAAAGUACGCAGCCUGGAGGAGAACAAGAGCCAACCCCAGGUUACAACGGAGAACUGUAACACGGUCCCUAAGAAGGUUCAAGUCGGCCGUCUGGAGGAGCUUCUAGUUACCCGGGCGACGGAUUUCAGACAAGAAAUCUGCCAUCUCAAGAAAACAAUCCAGCUUGAGAAAGACAAAUACAAUGAGAUGGUUGAUAAGUAUGAGGCAGAGAAAGAAAAAGUCCAGGGGAAGGUGAAACAGCAUCUGAACCUGAUCAUCGAGAGGGGCUAUGAAAUCGUGGAUCUCAACUCUAGCAUCGACAGUCUCACUCAGACGCUCAAGGAGAAAGUAUUCGAGCUGAACACCAAUGAAGCUGAACUCCAACAAAGCAAGAAAACCUGGUCAGCAAAAUGCACCGCUCUGGAGGACAGGUUCACAAAGGACCUGGCCGAGAAAGAAGAGAGCUGGGAGAUCAGAUUUAACACUUUGCAGACGAUGUGCAACUCUCUGCAAGAGAACCUCAAGAUGGAGCAGGUCAAGAACAAAGACUGGCAGAAGAAAGCCAAACAGAUGGAGGAGGAGAAGAAGGAACAGGAGGAAAAGUUCAUAAAAGAUCUGGCUGAGAAACAACAAAGCUGGGAAAUUAAAGACAAACAGAUGGAGGAGGAGAAGAAGGAACUGGAAGAAAAGUUCACAAAAGACCUGGCUGUGAAACAACGGAGCUGGGAAAUUAAAGCCAAACAGAUGGAGGAGAGAGAAGAAGGAACUAGAAGAAAGUUCACAAAAGACCGGCUGUGA